GGAAGCCUUUACUUUGACUUGGAGUUGUGCAGAUUGGUCUCCGGCCAUCUCGCUUCGGACUUCGACGAGCAGCUCUUCAAACCGGAGCUCUACGAGUUGGAAUCGGAGAAUGAUGCCCAGGCGCAGCAGCUUCUGCCCUAUCCCACCUGGUCGCCGGAAGCGCAUCGCGAGGACAUGAGGCUGCCAGGUGCUCUGGGCUUCAUCCAGUCCGAUUGGUUUCUCGUGCUGUCCGGCUUGGUGGUUGCCUUCAACAUCAUGUGCCUCUACAUCCAGGUGGCGUGUGAAGUGUCGGACGAGGAUGCCAAGGUCCUCGAAAACGUCAACGACACCUGCCUGGUGCUGUACACCAUCGAGGUCGUGAUGAGACUGCUUCAUUUUCGAUUACGAUUCUGCGCCCAUGCUGUGGAUGGCAUGUGGAAUCUCUUCGAUUUCGUUAUUGUUUGUGCGGGCGUCUUCGACCGGUGGAUAUUUCCAUCAUUGAAUGCCCAUAUUGGAGUCAAGUCACAGGCCAGCUUCUGGCUGCCAGCCUUGCGGGGCAUCCGAGUGCUGAGGUUCAUCCGCGUGGUGAAGCUCGUUGGAGUGCUUUUUCGCUCAGAUCUUCGGUGGACUGAGGGCGUGGCAUUCGCGUCAGUGGUCUCUGCAGUGAUCAUCACCAGUGUGAUCCUGAUGGGCCUGGAGACCGACAUCCAGUCUCCGCUUUGGGAACCCAUAAACGACUUGGUUCUGUUGUUCUUCCUGUUUGAGCUGGCAGUUAACAUCCGAAAGCAGGGCUGGCUUCACUUCUUCACGUCUGAGGACCACGUUUGGAAUUGGCUGGACAUGAUCAUCGUGGUCUUGGGCACCCUCGACCAAUGGGUCAUCAAGAUCUUUUUCAUUGCAGUGUAUGGUCGCGAUCAAAGUCAUGAGCUGGGCAGCUCGCUCAUGCUCUUUCGCUUGCUGCGAAUGCUCAGGAUCUUGCGAGUUCUUAGACUCGUGAAGGCAGUUCAACCACUUUACUUGCUGGCCCUCGGCAUUGCUGAGGCUGUGCAGAGCAUGUUCUGGGUUCUGUUGCUUACAAUGGUGGCGCUCUAUGCGUCAGCAAUUGUAAUCACACGCAUUGUCCGCGAGACCCGCAUAGAGGAUGUGCCAGAUGCUGCCAAAGCCAAUUUUCAGAGCGUGCCUGACUCCAUGUUCACGCUCUUCGUCCUGAUGAAUGGUGAGGAGUGGCCUGAUGUGAUGCCUCUCCUGGAUGCGUGUCCAAGUCUCAAGUUCAUGUUUGUCCUUUUCAUUAUCAUCUCAACGUGGGCUCUGCUGUCGGUGAUGACCGGUGUGGUGAGCGACAACAUGAUCUACGCAAGGGAGGCGCAGUCUCAGAAGGACGAUGCCCUGCAAGGGGAACGUCGAGCCAAGGUACAGAAGGCCCUGAACGACGUUUUCUUUGCAUCCCGGGGCCUCUCCACUGACAAAAGGCUUGCGGCCAGAGACUGGCAAGACGUUUUAAAGGUUCCGUUUUAUGCGAAGAAGAUCAUGGAUGUCGUGCCCUCGGUCCCAAAGAAGGAUCUGUUGGACAUGUUCGACUGGCUGGAAGCAGAUGAGUCGGACUCCAAAGUCAGCUUCCAGGAGGUGCUGCGUGGAGUGAUGACGUUGGCCGAGCCGCCGAGUGGCAAGACUCUCCUCCAGGUCGACUCAGAGGUCAAGCAGCGGUUCUCGCGACUGCAGCAGCAGGGCAUGAACGUGGAAGACACCAUCGCAGAGCUCGAUGAGAAGGUGAGGGAAUCAUUUGUGACUAUGCAAGCUAUGAUGGAUGAGCUGUAUGAGCUUUCUGGGGCCUGCAAUGACGCUGUGACCACCUACGUGUGCGUGCAGACAGGAUCCAGCAAAUUUUUGCUUGGCCAGCUAAGCUGCCAUGACCAGUUUCACAACUUCCGGCACAAAACACAUGCCGGCGACGAUCGCGACCAGGUGCAGGAAAUUGGCGCUUCGUGCGUGGAGGGCAUCGUUCCCCCUGAGCCGAUGGAUGAUCCACAGGACUCGGGCGUUGCCAAGGAGGAGGGCUCGGAGGAAGACGAAGAUUCUGAGGAGGAAUACGACAGAAGGGAGGGCUUGUGGCCGCUCGAGAAGUUGAAGGCCCAGCUCGAGGCUUUCUCUGUGGCGCGAGGGGUCGCCGUAAGCGGCAGCACAUCUGCCAGUCGAAAAUUGGCAGUCCUGCUGACGACCGGUGCCAUGAAUCCUCCACAUCUGGGGCACACAGAGCUGGUGCAAAAGGCUGCUGAGCGGCUGAGGAGAGCAGGCUUCGAAGUGGCCGGGGCCUGGAUCUCACCAUCUCAUGAUGGCUAUGUGCAACCCAAGGCUCGGAAGCUGGGAACGAUAGGCCUCUCGUCACCAUUCCGCUUGGAGGCUGCGAGAAGAGCCGUGCGAAGUGACGAUCUUCUGGACGUUGCUAGCUGGGAGGCACAGAAGCCGGGACGCUGGCCAGACUUUCCGGAGGUCGCUGUGGCAUUGCAGAGAAAACUGGAAAGCACGGAAAAGGCAUGGAAGCUGGACCAGAGUUUCAAGGUCUUCUAUGCAUGUGGAACGGAUCAUGCCAAGAGCAAUGGCCUCUACAAAGGCCUUCUGCCGGAGAGGGGACUAGGUGUGGUCGUGGUCCCCCGUGCUGGUGAUGCUGCGGAAGCGGAAGUGCCAGAGAAGUCAGUCUACGUGGCAGAGGGCAUCUUGGGAGAGGGAUCGUCUUUCAGCUCCACCAUGCUGAGAACCGCGUUUAAGUCACGGAGAGCGACCCCGGUGGUGAAGAAGACGGUCGCCGACGAGGCUGCCUCCUUCCUUCUUCGACCCACACGCGAGGAGUUCUUGAUGUUUCCGGAGGACUUCGGCAAACUCGGCAUAGAAAUACCGCCGGAGUGA